AUGGAAACGUUGUGUCUUUGGAUUUUUGGGCUCUUGCUAGCCAACGCCGUUGCAGAUGACUCGGCACCGAGAAUAACCCAUGGACCUCAGUCUGUGGUUAUCCCGCGAGGAGGGAGGGGCUACUUGGCUUGCAGGACCACUGGAAUGCCUCCGGCCCAGAUACGAUGGAUGCGGAAUGGCGUCUUCAUCACCGAAUUCGGAUACACGUACAACUACCGCAUAGUACAAGCCAAAGACGAAGAUGACGGGGAAUACCGUUGUGUCGCAAAGAAUCGAGUCGGCUCGAUACUGUCGAAAUCCGCGCGAGUUUCAAUCGCCAGCAUCGAAGCCACGGAUACGAUCUCACCUAAGGCGUCAUUUACUUCAUCUGAAGGAGACAUCCAAGUAUUCACUAAACCCGAAGUGAAAUCCGUUCCGAAGGCAAUCGCUUCUUGGACGCGGAAUGACACACCUGUCGUGAAUGAUCUUCAUUAUCACAUCGCCCAGGAUCAACGGCUCCUGAUCUUGGACGUGACUCAGAAGCUCAGGGGGAAAUACAGAGUCAUACUGGCCAAUCAAAAUACUCACAAUGAGAUCGAAGGACCAGAUAUCGAUUUUAAAGUGUCUUCCAAUCGCAUAACACCGGGACCAAAAAUAUUCAUCAGUCCCAAACCCAGAGUCGACUUCAGCGUCCCACCGGUCGGAGUUCUGGUGAUCCCUUCGGAAAGUCACCUUCUCGAAUGCAUAGCGAACGCCCACCCAAUCGAACAACUGCGGACGCUUUGGUUCAAGGAUGGAGUCGAAAUGGAAUACACGGGUCUACCGUAUCUACUUGAAGCCCGGAACCGAACAUUGAUCCUCGAUCAACUAAGUCCAGAACAUGCGGGCUUAUACGAAUGUCGGGUGUUCCUUGCGACUUCCUACGGCCCGCAAGGUUUUGAUUCGGCCGUCAGCAACGUAACGGUUUCCACGGUUCCCGUCGUCAGACCGAUGCCGUCGGAACGAGCCAUCGACACCGGCUCGUCUCUAGGUCUGACGUGCAACGCGACUGGCAAUCCACCCGCUGAAAUCACGUGGUACCGCAACGCAAACCUCUUGGAACAACGCGGAGCUUAUCUAGAGGUCAACAACAGCGACGACGGGGGUGUAUAUCAAUGCAUCGCGAAAAAUUGGGUCGGCGAAGACAUGAGUUCGACAUGGGUGAAUGUCAAAAGACUCCAACCCGCAUUCGUGCGUCGACCGCAAAAUAUCACUGCUCUAACUGGAGAACAGUUCACGCUGGAAUGUAACGCCACCGGUGCCCCACAACCGAAAGCUCGUUGGGUAUUCAACGAACGGGAACCUAUAGAAAACCAAGGGAGGUUCCUCAUCGAUUCUGAAACGAGAAGUCUCACCGUAGUCCAAGCCGAAGUGAACAACACCGGCAAGUACACCUGCGAGAUGAGUAACUCGGCUGGAACUGUGGAGGCAUCGGCGUACGUUACCAUACUGAGCAAGACUCACAUCUACCGGCCUCCGAUGGACAGCCGCGUGAUCCUCGGUAAUAAUGCUUUCCUUGACUGCGGAGUAGCGAGCGAUGUCAAGGGCGGAGGAGAACCCGAGGUCACGUGGCUGUUUAACGGGAGGCCACUCCAGACCACGUCCAGGGUAUUCAUGAGAGCCAAUGGGACUCUCAUCAUCCAGCAGGCGAGGAACACCGAUAUAGGAAACUAUACCUGCCGAGUUGCAUCCCCUGGGGGUAGCGAUACGAAAACGGCACGUCUCGACGUGAUCGAACUCCCUCAUCCGCCUACGUUUGUGCAUGUGAACGUAGUCGACGAGUUCCCGAAAACCGUGAACGUGUCAUGGGCAAAGAGUUUUGAUGGUAACUCUCCGAUCAUCUCCUACAUCCUAGAACGAAGAGAGAUGCCUCUCCUGUCGAACCAGAGCGAGGAUUCCAGUCUCCUAGUGCGAUGGAAGGAACACCAGGACAACAUCUCUGCCGACACCACGUGGAUCUUGGUUGGAAUGCUCAAACCGUCGGUGCCCUAUCAAUUCAGAGUCAAGGCGAAGAACUCUGUAGGUGUUGGUCAACCUUGUCAAGCGACCAACACGAUAGUUCUCCCCGCUGAAGCACCCGGCGGUCCUCCGACGAAUCUCGUCGUUGCGGCGAGGAGUCCAACGUCGAUCGUGCUGCAGUGGAGUCCCCCGACGGAGGGAGAUCGCAACGGAGAACUCUUGGGCUAUGAAAUUCGGUACAGACUCGCGGGGUACAGCGGAUCUGACGAAGCUCAACGCAGGGUCAACGCGAGCCAACCGUUGCCGUUCAUUCUCGACGAACUAAUCGUGUGGCAGACUUACGAGGUUCGCGUAGCCGCUUUCAAUGAAAAAGGCGUCGGUGUCUUCUCGGGACCGGUGACGGUUCGAACCAAAGAAGCUCCACCGCAAAGCGCACCUACGUUGCGUCAAGUAUACGCCAUCAACUCAACUCAUAUUAAGGUAAUCUGGAGCCCCCCGGAUCCGCAACAGAUCAACGGAAUCAAUCAGGGCUACAAGGUUGAAGCCUGGUACAAUGGCGAAGUCGAGAAGUCAAUCAGGGUCGGACCGUCGACCGGUGACCCACGUGAUGAUCAGGAAGAAACCUUCGGCGGACUUCAGAAAUACCGAACUUACAACAUCACUGUUUUGUGUUACACGUCGGCCGGUGAUGGACCCCGGAGUCAAGAACUGACAGUUUGCACGAAGCAAGACAUUCCGGGAGUAGUGACGAACAUGAUGUUCGAAAGCGUUCUGGAUUCGUCUCUGGAAGUUCUCUGGGAACCACCAGAGGAGCCUAACGGCAUCAUACUCGAUUACACUAUUGAAUACUGGGAAGAAGCCGACAUUACAACGAAACUCACUGAGACCGUCAAGUCCGAAAUUAGAACGGUGUACAUCUCGGGUCUGAAACCACUGACGACAUAUAUCUUCGAGAUUUCCGCGAGCACCGUUGUGGGUCGUGGGCCCCCAGUCGCGGCUUCGAUUCAAUCUGGCAUCCCACCAGUUUUUCCGGAGCCUCCAACGAAUCUUGCGGUGUCAAACAUCGGCCCCGCGUCUGUAGUUCUCCAAUUCCACCCUGGUUUCAACGGCAACUCGUCCAUCCUCACUUGGCGCGUGGAGAGCCAACAAGGUCGGGAGAUAAACAAGGAGAAGAUGUCUGCCUGGACCUUGCUCUUCGACUACAAAGUAGACGUCGAUCGACGGCGCCGUCCGAAUGAGAUUCCCGCGUCCACGCAGAGCAUCACCGUUCCGAAUUUAGUGCCCUACACCGAAUAUAGGCUGCGACUCGUCGCCGAGAACAUUGUCGGCUUCAGCGAACCUUCGGUCGCAACGAAAUUCUUCGAAACCCUCCAGGCACCACCCACCAAGCCGCCUCAAAACGUCACAGCUCGUUCCGUGAAUGCUACGGCUCUGAGAGUCCGGUGGACUCCACUGCUUCAGGCAGAUUGGUGCGGAGUGCCGAAAGGUUACAAUAUUUCCCACAGAAAAGUCAGCGAGUCUUCGAGACAAUUAUCAGAGCUGCUCACCGAUCACAACGCUAAUAGCUUCGUCAUCAAGAACCUGGACCCGUUCAGUCAAUAUGAAAUCACAGUUGCCGCAGUUAAUGACGUCGGCUCAAGCCCAUGGUCGAACGCUUCCACGGCGAACACGACCGAGUCAGCACCAGCCGUAAGCCCGACGGGGCUCCAGGGCAAAGCAACAACGUCGACGACAAUCGUGGUCAGUUGGCAUCCAGUUGAGAAACACUACAGGAAUGGCGAAGUUCUCGGAUACAAGAUCUCGUACAGGAUCCUCAAACAGAAUGCCAAGCCGCAAGUGAAGGUCAUCGAUGCGGGCGUCGACAAGAACGUCUACUCGACCACCUUGACCGAGCUCCGGAAAUUCUCCACCUACUCCAUCCAGGUUUUAGCCUUCACGGCCGCCGGCGAUGGACCUCUCAGCCAGCCAGUGCUGGCGACAACAUUCGAAGACGUCCCCGGCGAACCAUCAAACGUUUCAUUCCCUGACGUCUCGACGACCAGCGCGCGGAUUAUCUGGGAUGUCCCAAAGGAGCCCAACGGGGAAAUUCUGGGAUACCGUGUUGCCCAUGCGCUUCUCAAGCAAGGCAUCGAGCUCACAUUCACGAAUAAGGAAGUCACCCCGAUGGAUCGUACGUUGAAGGUGACUGGAUUGAGACCGAACGAGUAUUACGUGUUCUCCGUAUCUGCGCGCACAAAAGAAGGAUGGGGACAAGAGGUCCGGGCUCAGGUGCUCACGACGUCUUCGCGAGAGAAGCCACGUGCACCUUCAGCACCGAUCAUAAACCCAACUCAAGUUCAGGCUCGUCAGUUGACUUUCACGUGGGCUCCGGGAGCGGAUGGCUACGCCCCGCUCCGUUACUAUCUAGUUCAGCAGUACGAGCCGUACUCACACAAGCCCUGGAGAACUCUGCCGACUAAAAUUGACCCGCAAGUCACCAGCUUCACCGUGACCGGGCUCAGACCCUCCACGGUCUACCAGUUCCGGCUCGAGGCGGUCAACGACAUCGGUUCGAGCGGAUGGAGUCCGGAGUCGAAUCGAACCAAGACUCUACCGGCUCCGCCGGAGAAACCUCCGAGUGGGAUCGUCGUCACUCCUUACACCACGACAUCGAUCACGGUCACGUGGACACCGCUUGACGACCAGGACUGGAACGGAGACACCCAGACGCAGCUGAGGGGGUACAAACUGGUGGCGUGUUUGAUUUCCAACGGCGUUGCAUCUGAAUGCCGCUCUGAAGACGUUCGCGGACAAUAUUCGUACAAUCGAACUAUCGAAGACCUGGUGAAGGACCGGGACUACGAGGUGAAAGUCUACGCCGUGAAUGCCCAGGGGGAAAGUCCUCCGAGUCGGACCGAGAAGGUAGCCGUAGGCGAGGCCGUUCCCACGGGUAGACCCCUUUCCGUCCAAGCCGAAGCCAUCUCUUCCACGGAGAUAAGAGUCACCUGGAAAUCGCCACCGAGAUCAGAACUGAACGGUGCUCUGCUCGGCUACAAAAUAUUCUAUUCCGCGUUCCGUACGAUCAACGGGAGCGCCUGGAGAGAAAUGAAAGAGGCCGUACCCGUAGAACCCACCCACUACACCCUCAUGGAUCUGGAGAGCUUCACGAACUACUCGAUCCAAGUCCUCGCUUUUAACCCGGCCGGAGACGGUCCCAGAUCCGAUGCCCUGAUUGUCCAAACCCAGGAGGAUAAACCCGGUCCCGUGACGAAUUUGACGUUCAGCCAGAUCACCAUGUCGUCUCUGCUCGUGUCGUGGCAUGCGCCGCACAACCCGAACGGAGUUAUUCAGAACUAUUUGCUCACAUAUGAGACAUCAAACUCGCAAGGCAACGAAUUCAGUAAACAGGUCCGACAGAAGCUCAAUGUUACCUAUCUCCACGUCAGCGGUUUGCGGGAGUACUUAACGUACACGUUCAGCGUGAGAGCGGAGACCAUCUGUGGCUAUGGACCUGUGCUCAGCAAGAACGUGACAACCGGUCCUCAGGAAAACUCUCCCGAAGCGCCGACGGAGCUGUUUCUCAAAAGCACAACGAUAAGCACGACGUUAUCUUGGAGGAAUAAUUUUGGCGGUCAAGGCCCGAUAACUGGUUACCUUAUCGAAGUCAAACCGGCAACGUCGAACAACGAGGAAGAACCGUGGCAUACCGUUGUGGCUCUUGACAACGGAGCUCAACAGAGCUACACAUUAUCGUAUCAAAAUCUUCUGCCCUCGAUGGGCUACAAGCUGAGACUUAUGGCGCGUAACAAUUUCGGUGUUUCGCGGCCGGUUUACGCAAGAGACAUCGUGGAAACUCCGAACAAGUAUUAUCUUGAGCUCAAGCGAUCGAUGCCUUUUUAUCGCGAGGUUUGGUUCCUCGUUAUGGUGGCGAUCACGACAACGAUCAUCAUCAUCUUAGUCGCUACCAUACUUUGCGUCAAAGGCUCAGCCUACAAGUACAAACAUCUUCUCUUACAGGAGCUCUUGGAACGGGAGGAAGAAGCGAUGCGAGCCUCGCAUUCGGCUCUGGACGAAUCCACGUUAGCCGCGCUGGAACUCCGACCCGCGGCUGGGACCCUCCCAUUGCCAGCUUCGCAUAGGAACACUUUGACCAGCAAUACUGGCAGCGUUCGUCGUCGCACGAACAAUAACUCCACGCGACCAAAAUACGUCGGACCCGCUUCGGUGACUUAUUCGGACGAGGAGGAUGACGUCAAGGGAGGGGGCUACGACGACGAAUCGUCGUUGACGGAAAAGCCGUCAGAUCUCGGUGACACGGACUCUGAGAGUGAAAGCCAACGAGGGGGUGCGACGUCUCGAGCGCAUUCUUUCGUCAACCACUACGCGAACGUGAACGACACAUUACGUCAGAGCUGGAAACGACAGAAAAUCGCUACAAAGCCUCCACCGAGCUAUUCCGACCAGGAGGACUAUCCGGCAAUGUCGUUCGAUCCGUCCGCACAAACUCCCGGACCGUCGUAUCAAGGAACGAUGCAGUCCGCAUCGAUGAACGGGGGACGAGUCGUUCUCAACAAUACGGCUGGAUCCAGGGCCCCGCUGCCAGGUUUUACAUCAUUCGUUUGA